CGUUUAUGCUUUAACCAAAUGAAGAAAGCUAACCAUUUUCCAAAUUGGUUGUACAAAUUUCAGAAAAUAUUGUGACAUUUUCAUUAUUACAUUGUCAUUCUGUUUGAAUACAUUUGAGAUCACAUGCUUUCUAUCAUAACUGGUGCAUUCACAUGCUUUAGUUUGGAAGUCAAAACAGGAGAGACAAACAAAAAGGAUUACAUGAGGUCUAUUAGGUCUGUUCUGCAGUCAGAUGUCAAAUCUUACAAAAAUUAUCAACAAGGAAGAGUUUCCAAACUGUUUACAUUUGUAUGAGAAUGUGAAAAUGAUAUAUUCAAAACCGUAUAAACGCACAAAAUAGACUUAGAGCGCAUCUGCAUUGAUUGCAUAUUGAAUAAACCAUCAGCAACCGCUCAUACAGAAGAAUUUAGCAUCAUCAGACAUAAGAGGCAGGUUUUAAUGCGUUUUUCUGCCUGCUACUGUCCUCCAUGUCGCUAAGCGGCGCUGUUGAGCUUAAAUGUCACGCUCACUGUCACGUUAGUUUUUAGUGUCACGUGACCGGAUAUGCAACUUCAAAACAUCAGUUGGAUAGCGGGUGCCAGCAGCCGACCCUGUAUGGUGUCAAUGAUGUUCUUCAGCUGACUUUUAGAAGUGGGAGUGAGAGAAAACGUGGUUGUGUGAGUGAUUUUAUGCCGCCGACAUGGCGGGUCCGCUGCUCGAGUUUGAGACCGAGAUGUUUCUGAGUCUGUUUGAAUGCGACGGGCUGCUGGUGGUGGCGGAGGGGAUGGGGAUAGACCGCAUCCUGCUGCAGUUCAUGCGGGUUUACUCGGAGCAGGGCAGCCUGGUCCUUCUGCUCAACACAACCACACCUGAACAGGAGUAUUUCAUGGAGCAGCUGCGAGUGGAGGGCGUGACCCACCUGCCCAGGACAGUGACCAGCGACGUCAACAGCGCCGAGCGCUAUAAUGUCUACACUGAGGGAGGGGUGCUGUUUGUCACCAGCAGAAUCCUGGUGGUCGACUUCCUCACUGACCGCAUCCCUGCUCAUCUCAUAUCAGGCAUCCUGGUGUAUCGUGCUCAUAAAAUCAUCGAGUCGUUUCAGGAGUCCUUUAUCCUUCGUCUUUUCAGACAGAAGAAUAAGACAGGCUUCAUUAAGGCCUUCACUGACAAGGCCACGUCCUUCUCCUCGGGCUUCUGCCAGGUGGAGCGUGUUAUGAGAAACCUGUUCGUCAAGAAGCUCUACCUUUGGCCCAGGUUUCAAGCAUCAGCAAACACUGCACUGGACAGGCACAAGCCGGAGGUGGUGGAGCUCCAUGUGUCACUGACGCCUGCUAUGAGGGCCAUCCAGAGCUCCAUCCUGGACAUCAUGAGCGCCUGUCUGAAGGAGCUGAAACGCUACAACCCCACCCUGGAUGCUGAGGACCUCUCAGUGGAGAACACGCUAGGCAACGGUUUCGAAAAGACCAUCCGUCACUACCUGGACCCCUUGUGGCACCAGCUGGGAGCGAAGACCAAGGCCCUGGUCCAGGACCUGAAAGUGCUGAGGGUUCUCCUGCUCUACCUCACACAGUACGACUGCGUCACCUUCCUCAAUCUGCUCGAGUCGCUGCGCUCCAGCCAAAAGAUCUUUGGAUCCAAUUCAGGGUGGCUGUUCCUCGACUCCAGUACCUCCAUGUUUAUGAAUGCCAGGGGUAGAGUGUACCGCAUCCCAGAGAGCAAGAAGAAACUCAAAGUGGGAGCGGAGGUGGAGAAACAGUCAUCCUCUGCCUUAGAGGUGAAGAGGGAACUGGUGCUGGAAAAAAGCCCCAAGUGGGAGGCUCUGACUGAGGUGCUGCAGGAGAUUGAGAGGGAGAACAAGAGCUCUCAACAUGACCCAGGCCGUGUGCUGAUCUGUGCCAGUGAUGACAGGACUUGUGCCCAGCUUCAGCAGUACAUCAAGCACGGCUCUGACUGGAUGCUGAACCGACUGUAUGUCCGCACAGUCGGUAAACGGGACUCUGCUGCGGCCGCUGCAAUGGCACUCGAAUCGCACAAAAGGGGCCUCGGCUGGCCUAAAAACGGAGCCACGGGAAAGGAGCCCGCACAGAAGAAAAAGUCCACGAAGAGUAAAAAAAGGCCAUCCUUGACCCUGACCCAGAUGAUGGGGAAAGAGAUGGACGAAGCAGCGGCGAUGGGCAGCAGUGGAGAUGAGGGGGACCCAAUGGAGGAGGAUGGCGGGGAGGAAGAACAGCUGAAGCUGGAUUUGUCGUCGGAUGCCUACUACGGUGUCCUAAAGGAGCCGCUAACUGUCAUUCACCCGCUUAAAGGUCUCACUGACCCCCACAGCUUGACGCGGGUGCUGCAUGAGGUGGAGCCCAGUUUCGUGGUGCUGUACGACGCUGAAAUCAGCUUUGUGCGCCAGCUGGAGAUCUACAAAGCUAGCCGGCCUGGAAAGACACUAAGGGUGUAUUUCCUCAUCUAUGGAGGCUCGACAGAAGAACAGAAGUACCUGACGGCGCUGGCCAAGGAAAAGAGAGCCUUCGAACACCUGAUCAGGGAAAAGGCUACUAUGGUCAUCCCAGAGGAGAGGGAGGGGCGACAAGACACCAACCUAGACCUUGCUAGAAAUUUAGAGCCUGCCAAUGCCACCACCAACACCCGCAAAGCAGGAGGCCAGGAUCAGCCCAAGGAGCCCUCCCGAGUCAUUGUCGACAUGCGCGAGUUCCGCAGUGAAUUGCCCUCUAUGUUGCACCGCCGUGGGCUGGACAUCGAGCCCGUCACCUUGGAAGUAGGUGACUACAUCCUGACCCCGGACACAUGCGUGGAGCGCAAGAGCGUCAGCGAUCUGAUUGGCUCGUUGCAGAGCGGCCGCCUCUACACCCAGUGCCUCUCCAUGACCCGCUACUACAAGAAACCGGUGCUUCUCAUCGAGUUCGACCCUGCAAAACCCUUUUCCCUAAUGGCCCGAUCAGAUUUCCGUCACGAGAUAUCGUCGACUGAUGUUUCUUCAAAACUCACGUUGCUCACCUUGCAUUUCCCCCGGCUGCGUAUACUCUGGUGCCCCUCCCCACAUGCCACAGCUGAGCUCUUCCUGGAACUGAAGCGAGGUCGCUCUGAACCCGAUGCUGCAGCGGCUCAGGCAGUCACAGCCGAGUCAGACAUGGUGGCUGAAUCGGCGGAACUGUACAACCCCGGACCUUACGACUUCCUGUUGAAAAUGCCUGGGGUCAAUAUAAAGAACUAUAGGGCUCUUGUAAAAAAUGCAGACAACCUGGCAGAUCUAUGCAAACUCAGCCAGGACAAGCUCGCAGAAUUACUAGGCAAUGCUAACAACGCUAAGUCGCUGUAUGAGUUUCUGCAUAAUGUCGCCGAUGUCCCUGCUCCUGUGCAGAAGGCCAAAAAGACAUGAAAGGCAGUAAAGAAAUUGAAUUUCCCUAAGAGGGAUAAUUAAAUGUAUAUAAAUGUAGUUUUCCUGGUGUCAGGAAUAGUUUUGCAUUGUAAAGUUGGAUGACGAUGGCGUGAUGUAGAAUGUUGCAGACUGAAUUCACAUCUUAUAUUUGUACGGCAUGAGUCUUUGUCAUCAAACGUGAAAUGUGUUUUAUAUUAAUGUACAGAAUGAACUGAAAUAAUGCAGUUUCUUUCUAUUGUAUUUUGUAAACUACUCUGAAAUGGUACUUUUAUUAGUUGUUUUUUAUCUUGGCAAAAAUAAAUAAAGUCUGAAUAUUUUUUAAUUGUUUUAAAUAACCUUUCUUUCAAAAUAAAGCUUUCUGGAACAACACCUUUUUUAUAACCCUAAAGGGCAGAAAGUUAAAUGUAAAGCUUUUAUGUUUUUUUAUGUAUUAUUUACUCCAGUGUUCCUGUCCUUCAUACCUUAAAUCCACACUCCACAGGUGUUUGACUUCUUGCAAAAUGGAACCACACAAACCAGUGCUUCAUAAUUGUACUUAACAGUAUUUUAUAAACUCUGCUUUAAUGUACUUUUUUUUGCCUACUCUUACCAUGACUUGUAUUUUCUAAAGUAGUCAUUUUAAAGGUUCCUUACUAAAGUGCUGAACUACACUUGACAUCACCCAUUCCAGAGCAUGGUAGUGCUCUUGUGCUCAGUAUCUGAUGCACUCCUUCAGUAUGAAGUAC